AAGGACACAAACCAAAGCUUUUUUUUCCAUUUCAUUUCACAUUUCACUCCCAGAAGAAAGGCAUAUAUAUAUAGCACAGUAGUAGUCUCUGGGUUCUCAAACAAAGUCGAACCGUGAGUUGUUCCUUCAUUUCCAUUGUGAAAUGGCUACGUUCUUCUUCAAGAGGCUCGCUAGAGCUACUCCGAUUGCACUCAACAAUGCAUUGUCUUUUGGAGGAGCCAACAAAACUAAGUCCGGCUUCAGUGGGUUUCGGAUACCCAUUGGGGCAAUCGCAGCAGUUUCUGGUGGAAUCUCCUACUACUACUGCUUUUCCUCGUCGAAUUUGGCUCAUCUAGAUCAAAUCAAUGAAGAGGCAGGUCCAAAAGUUGCGCUCAAUUCAGAUAAAUGGAUUGAAUUUAAGUUGCAAGACACUGCAAGGGUCAGCCAUAAUACUCAACUAUUCAGGUUUUCAUUUGAUCCUACUGCCAAGUUGGGUCUAGAUAUUGCUUCAUGCAUCCUUACAAGGGCUCCAACAGGACAAGAUGCUGAAGGAAAACCAAAAUAUGUCAUACGCCCGUAUACUCCUAUAUCAGAUCCAGAUGCUAAGGGAUACUUUGAUUUAUUAAUCAAGGUGUAUCCAGAAGGAAAAAUGAGUCAGCAUUUUGCGAGCUUAAAACCUGGUGAUGUAGUUGAAGUCAAAGGGCCCAUUGAGAAGCUUAGAUAUAGUCCCAAUAUGAAGAAACACAUUGGCAUGAUUGCUGGAGGCACAGGCAUUACUCCAAUGCUUCAGGUUAUUGAGGCUAUACUGAAAAAUUCUGAUGACAACACUCAGGUAUCACUGCUUUAUGCUAAUGUCUCCCCGGAUGACAUUUUGCUGAAACAGAAGCUUGAUGUACUUGCAACUAGUCACCCAAAUUUAAAGGUAUUCUACACUGUUGAUAAUCCCUCAAAGAGUUGGAGAGGAGGUACAGGUUACAUAUCAAAGGAUAUGGCCAUCAAAGGCUUACCUGGUCCUAGUGGCGAUACUCUAAUCCUUGUAUGUGGUCCCCCUGGAAUGAUGAAACAUAUAUCUGGUGACAAGGCUAAAGACUACUCACAAGGAGAGCUGACUGGCUUACUGAAAGAACUUGGGUAUACUGAGCAAAUGGUUUACAAAUUUUGAAUCAGGCAAUUUAGCAUCUGAAGCAUUUGUGCAUUCACUUCAAAUUUUGAGUUGUACAAGUUUUUUUCCUGAAGAAACGUUGGCAGCUUGAACUUGAGCAAAACAUCGAAUAAAUUUGCCAGUGAUAUUCAAUAGAAAUAAUGCAUUGUGAGAGUUCACACUAACUUGCAUUUUACUUUU